AUGGGAUUAUGUAAACCAGCAAAUUAUGAGGAAUUAGAAAAUUCAGAAAAUAAUGCGUAUGGCGUUUUACCUUAUGUAGCACCUGAGGUUUUAAGAGGAGAACAUUAUACACAAGCAUCCGAUAUUUAUAGUUUUGGCAUAAUUAUGUAUGAGGCAAUUUCGGAAAUGCCUCCAUAUUAUGAUAUUAAUCAUGAUGAAGUUUUAGCAGUAGAGAUCUGUAAAGGGUUAAGACCCAAUUUUAAUAUUAAAGUACCACAAUUAAUCAUUGAAUUAAUAAAGAAAUGCUUAGAUGCAAAACCAUCAAAUCGACCAAAUGCAAAGGAUCUUUCAAGAAUUUUUAAAGAAUUAAUGAUAGAUUUUAAUAGACGUAAACCAGAAUUAAUUAAACAAAUUGAAGAAAUAAGCAAUAGUUUAUCAGAUUUACCUUCAAUAAAUAAAAUGAAUACGAUGCAUUCUGGAGCUAUAUAUACAAGUAGAUUACUUAGUUUUAAAAAUCUUCCCGAACCGAAAAAUUCUGAUGAUUAUUAUGAAUAUUUUGAUAAUAUAACAAGUAUGAAAUAUUCAGGUAUUUAUAAAAAAUCUUACCUUAUUACUCAUUCAAUCUACUUAUAUAAACUAAUAUUUAAUAAAUAUUUUUAUGUAAUGACAGAAUGUUUGGAUUGUGAAGUUAAAGAUUGA